AUGAUCACUCAAGGCCUCGUCUGGCCUGUCCUCGGGCUUCUUUUCAACUCCGUUUCAGCGGGUACCAUUCGGCAAUCAGCACUAAAAUUAACCGUCAAACACGAGGGUACACUCAACCCAGCCAUAAACGCCGACUUUCCAGAUCCAUCAAUAAUUCAACUCGAAGAUGGCUCCUGGGUCGCUGUCGCAACAAACGGCGGUCCACCAGACAGCUACCGAAAGCUUCAAGUCGCCACGGCUAAAGAUCUUCUUGGUGAAUGGACCUUGCAACAGGAAGAUGCCCUCCCCGAUAAAGGCUGGACAACAGGCGAGAACACCUGGGCGCCCGAUAUUCGCCGGAUCGACAGUGGAGAGUACGUCGUUUACCUGAGUCCUGAGAUUGAAGCUGGCAGACAUUGCAUUGGUGUCGCGCGUUCAAAGAAUGCAACUGGUCCUUAUACAUACGACGAGAAGCCUCUUGUCUGCGGACCAGAUGACCUCAAAGGCGCAAUUGACGCGAGCGGCUUCAAGGAUCCCGACAGUGGCAAGAACUAUCUCAUCUAUAAAAUUGAAGGCGAUGCAUCAGGUCCAACAGGCGGUACACCAAUCAUGCUCCAAGAAAUCGAAGGCGACGGCAUUACCUUCAUCGGAGAUGCAGUCAAAAUCUUCGACCGCGUCGGUAGUGAAGACGGUGUUCUCGUCGAAGCACCAAACAUCGUCCGUCUUGGGAACGGGAAAUAUGUCUUGUUCUUCAGCAGUCACGAUUUUCGCGAUCCUUUAUACAAUGUCAAAUAUGCGUACGCGGAUAAGUUAUCGGGACCGUAUACGCGUGCGGAAGAGCCGCUGAUUGCGGCGCCGGAUUUUGGACUUGACGCGCCUGGCGGUGCGACGAGCAAUGAGGCAGGAGAUACUUUGGUCUUUCAUGGAUGGUGUCCCGAUAAUAAGAAUAUUCGAUGUAUGUAUAGCGUUGAGUAUGAGUAUGAGUGA